AUGUCCUUCAACCAGACUGAUGAUGUUCCCCUACCCCAAUUCUAUGGAUACAACCAUCAUGAUACACUUUACUAUCAACAGUACUACUACGGUCACCCGCCAUAUCAGGCUUAUGCAUACUACUACGGAAGCAUCCCUUGCCAUAAUGUGAGCAAUGGCUUAGCUCAUGAAUUACCUCAGCAACCCAGAAGAACCUUGGAACAAGAGACUCAGCCAGCAUUUCCGAACAGAAGAGAAGCACCUCGAUAUAGAGGUGUGAAAGAGAUAAGCAAAAAAGGAGUUCACAAAGUUUUAAUAUACAAUAUCCCCGGUGGACAUCGCUCCUAUGUCUUCCAAUUUGCCAGAAGAACAGCCAGAGAAAAUAUCUCUUCUUACGUUUGUAUGCAGUGCAAGAAGCUAAGGAAAUAUACUGCAGUAAUGGUAGAAGGGGACGAGUUCCUCGAAGACCCCACAAUGCUCAAUCAUCUUUGCCUUCCGGUCGAAUGGGCACGGGAUCAGGCAGAAAGGCUAUCCUAUCAGUGUCUCCAAAACGUAAGAAGAAACCCUAAUGCUUCAUUGCUGCCCUCGAUAAGCUACUGGUCAGGCGUAGUCAACCAGAUCGAAACGCUAAAUUGGGAAGACGCGGAAAAGCAACUGACAGUUCUGCUACAUUUCUGCAGGAAAGGCUACCAAUCAAGAAGAUCCGCAUACAGCAGGGCCGUCAAGAUGACCAUCCCAGAUGUUGACAUGGAACACGUGCCUGAGCAGCUACGGAAUCUACCCGACGGAAGUGCAUUUCUAAAGCUACAGGAACCCAACAUGCAUAUCUACAUGUCAGACGAGAUAGUUCAGCGCGCAAUGGAUAACGGACUUUAUGCCUUAAUAGGGGAUGGCGUACAUCAACUCAAUCCGCGUAAUAAACGCGGAUCUCAUGUGCGUGUCGAAAAGGGCCAAGUCUACACUAUUCACGGCGUCUGUAGAGGUGGGAUAGAAGUCCCGAUCAUGUUCGUCAUCACCCGACACAAAAGGGAGGAAGAUUACAUCGUUAUCUUCGAGAAUCUGAAAGAAGCGCUUCUGCGAGCCGACACGAAUGCUGGGGAACUUGCACAAUUUAGACUCAUUGUGGAUUUUGAGAUGGCCGCGAUCAAUGCGGCCCGUAGGGUUUUCCCCCGAUUUUCUAUUCAAGGCUGUUCCUGGCAUCUAUCUCAAGCAUGGGCUAGGAAACGCAACAGCCUGGGCUUACUGCAAUUCUUGAAAGGGGAUAAUCGCAAUCGCGGGGUAAUCCGAUGGUGGCGGACCUUGAAGGGUCUACCUUUCCUCCCGAGAAAUUGCUUCUAUCUAGUAAAUGCCCUGCGCACACCACCGGUAGACGAGACUCAUCCCGCUUUUCGAGCUUGCCUGAACUUCCUCACCUACUUGCACGAAACAUGGCUUACGGGACCAUUUUCGUCCAUGUGGUGCAAAUACAUGGUGCACGAGGAAAGGACCACCAAUGCGGCAGAGAAUUAUCACGGAAGGUUACGGAAGAUUCUCAUGAAGAAGCACCCACCGUUAGCAUCCCUAUUGCUUGUGUUCAGAAGCUUCACUUCAGUUGCAAAAGCAAAGCUUGCCAGGAUGGAAAGGUACCCUCGCGAAGGGAGAACAUUGAGGAAGCGCGAUAGAAUUCGCCGUGAAAAAGUGGAUCGCGCUAUGAACACUUUUGAGGAACUUCGAGCCAGCCCUUAUCUAACUACCGUCCAAGUUGGGCAUUAUCUGAGAAAGAUGUCGAAAUACACAUCAGACAAAGCCAUCUGA